AUGCGGGAAUCAGGGUUGUUGCCGAAAACUGAGGAUGACUACCGAAAAAUCGUUCGCCUGUUCAGAGAGGAGGAUGUGCCCCAUCAUACGUUCCCUCUUCCUUUAGAACGAAAUAUUCCCGCGGUAGUCAGAGGCAUACCCGCAAUGUUUUCGGAACAGGAGAUCAAAGGGGAAUUAGAACAGAGGGGAUAUACUCCUCUCCAAAUUAUCCGACUCAAACGCAGUGGCGGCGCACCCAUGCCUUUAGUGGUCGUGAUACUGCCCAAGAUUGAAAAGUCCCAUCAGCUGUUCAAUGAACAUGAGCUGCUGGGUCAAGCAAUCAAAGUUCAAAAGAACUCUAGACUUAUUGGGCAGUGUCACCGCUGA